AUGCACAUAGACAACAAGAUACCGAAGUCGGUGGACAUUAUUAAUUAUCCAGUAGCGAGUGAAUCCGAGUCGACUUCGAAAGAUGAUGAAUGGGAUAACGACACGAAUUCGAGCAGUGUAGCUGUAUACAUGAAUCAUAUGCCUAAUGCUGAAGAUUUUGAAGUGAAGUGCAAGCAUUUAAAAACUGCACUCCAAUGUCAUGAAGUUUCUACAGAGGAUGUAAAACGUGUUAGAGAGUUUGUGUAUAGACAACCAGUAAAAACGAUAAUAGAUAAUAAAAUAGCCCACUUGAUUGAAGUUAAGCAUCCUAAAAGGAAAAAAAGUGAAGAAACAUUGACAAAUAAAGGCCAGGCAAUUAGGCUGGAUUAUUUUUUAAGAAAUAUUAACUCUGAGUGGCUGUUACUGUGUCAAAAGACGUUUUUGGCUGCUUUGAAGAUCUCACAACGGAAUAUCCUUACUAUCGAAAAAAGACGGCAGAAGGGCAGAUAAUUGAGAGAAGGGGAGGUGAUCGGAGAAGCAAAAAAUAUGAGGAGCAGAAAAACAGUGUUAAAAGAUUCAUUGGGAGUUUACAUGCAAGUGAAAGUCAUUACAAUCGUAAGAAAUCGAAGAGACAUUACCUUUCAUCUGACUUGAAUAUUGCGUAACUAUCAAAACUUUAUAAUAACUCUGUAGAGCUGAAUUUAAAAGUCUCGCGUCGUUAUUUUUAUAAUAUUUUUGUGCGCUAUUUCAAUCUCGGCUUUGGGAAUUCCGCAAAAGAUGUAUGUAGUCUAUGUACCCGUCUGAAAAAUACAAUUAGAUCCACAAAGAAUGUAGCUAUGAAAGGAAACUCUAUUACUGAGCUGAGAAUUCAU